GGACUGGGCGGGUGGGAGAGAUACCUGUUAGGUACCUACUUAGGUACCUCGGUCCACUACAUUAAUGAUUAUGGAGACUGUCAUGGAAGCUACCUAGGUACCUUGCCUGAUGUGGUGCGGGGUUUGCAGCAGUUAGAGGAAUGGAACCCCACAAGUCAAGAUACAUAUGAUCAACUGCCUUCUUUUGGUCAAAGGUCACACCUCCUUUUCUUUCAAACCCUAGGAGAUUCUGAUACAAACCCAAAGUUUACCAGUGUUCCUCAGGUGAACACUUUGAUUCUCUUUCCUUUGCGUAUCCAUACUAUUUGCCACUAUGGCAUCCCCGUCCCACCUCCCUAAGCUUCGUCCAGCCUUAGACUACGGGAUGCGAAAGGUCCAACGACACAUCACCACGCUGGAUUCCGAGGGCCGAUCGGUCUUCGUCCCAGAUGAGGACAUACUAUACUGUGACCGCGGCGGCUACGCUGUCUCGUGGACUUACGCCACCAGCGAAUUCCCUGCCGUGCUGUCCGGCAACAAGGACCUCGACGGCUUCUUGACGCGGGACCCCUCGAGCAAUAACUCGGUCGCCCACACCGGCAGCCGCAUCGUCAAUGGCACCGGCAUCACAUUUAACACUACCAACUUUGCCCCCGGUACCGAGACGGUCAUGCACCGGACCGUGUCGCUAGACUUCGUCGCAGUAGUGGAGGGAGAGAUGGAGCUGGAGCUGGAUUCGGGUGCGAAGGUGUCGCUGAAACCCGGCGAUUCCAUUGUUCAACGCCAAACAAACCAUCUGUGGAGAAAUCCCUCCAAGGACAAGCCGGCCCGGAUCAUUUCCCUGAUCACCCCAGCCCAGAGUGUCACAAUCAAUGGCAAGGAAAUGACUACCGAAGGGUUUAGUGUUGGUUCAAUGGGGAAGCGUUCUAUGGUCACACAAGGGAUAGAAACGUAG